CGAGUGACGUGGCCCUCACGUGAGCUGGAGCCGACGCAUGCAGACGUCCUACUAAUCCCGGUCUCCGUUUGGUCCGGUUGCCAUCUCCCUAUUACCUCGAGGGCGCGCGGGCCUGCGGCCAGGAGAAGAGAAGGAGGAGGGAACUGCUCUGAUCUCCGCAGGUCUGUUCGUGGAUGGGCGCUUGCCUGGGGGAUCCCUGCGGUGCGGGAGCGGAGGGCGGAGACUGCAGAGGGACAAGGCCCGCUUUCUCCACACCCUUGCACUAUCCCGGGCCCUUCCAAGAACAAAAAUGAAGAUUUGGGGGCCAGAAUCCAGGGGAGACCCCAGCCAGGAGGAGGGGAAACUUGAAACCUUUGGCAUCCAGGGCCUGGAAUCGGGAAGGGCCGAUGUUAAGAUUCUUGUCCUGUGUGUUGGUCCAUCUAGCAAGCCAGAAUCGUGGGGCUGUGCGUCUGUCUUGUCAUUCCCCGUGUCUUUCAGUAGGGCGCUGUACCACUCGGAGCAAAGGAAUAAAGAAUCUGCCCCAGGUCCGCGUAAAGGAAAUAGGACAUGACAGCGCGUACAGGAAAAAUGGUUGUCGUUUGGCGCCAGGAGCGGCCAUCCGUCUCUGCUGUGUCGCCUGUCUGUGUCUGUGGGAUCUUGCGCCUGACAGCCAACCCAACCCUAGGAGCGGGAAGAAGAGGAAAAUUGUCCAGAAACAAGUCCUGCAGUAUCUGCAGCUGCAGCAGAGACUGCCAGCUGUAGCUGAGGACUCCACCCCCUACGUGGGAGCACUUCUUUGGGCCAGAGAAAGCCCUUCAGACACUCACCCUAGCAUGGGCCGCACUCGGGAAGCUGGCUGCGUAGCUGCUGGUGUGGUGAUUGGGGCUGGUGCCUGCUACUGCGUCUAUAAACUGACCUGGGGAAGAGAUGAGAGUGAGAAAAUCUGGGAGGACGACGAUGAUGAUGAGGAGGAGGAACCUAGUGAUAUGGCAGAAACUGGGAAAGGAUCUAAGGCUAAUUCUGGGGCGGGGGCUGGAGCUAGACUUCAGGGUGACUCAAAGGCCAAAGCUGAGGUGGCCGUGGAACUCAAGAGUGGAUCCGAUAUAAAGGCAGAGGCCCACUCGAAGGCCCAGAGUGGAGGUGGCCUAGAGGCCAAGGCCAAGGCCCUUUUCAGCACCUUGAAGGAACAGGCAAGUGCAAAGGUGGGCAAAGGGGCCAGGUUGGGUACCAUCUCUGGGACCAGGACCCUUGCACCUGGUUUACCCUGUCCAGGAGUGAGGGGUGGAGGCUGCCACCCAGCGAGGAAUGGAGCUAGGGUUGGGGGCAGGGCCAGUGGCAAGUCUAAAGGAAGGACCCGAGGUAAGAGCACAAGGACUCCAGCUACGUCAUGGCCUGUUCGAAGGGGCAAGUUCAACUUUCCCUAUAAAAUUGAUGAUAUUCUGGGUGCUCCUGACCUUCAAAAGGUCCUUAACAUCCUAGAAAGAUCAAAUGAUCCUUUCACUCAAGAAGUAGCCUUGGUCACUCUGGGUAACAAUGCAGCAUAUUCAUUUAACCAAAAUGCCAUUCGUGAAUUGGGUGGUCUCCCAAUAAUCGCAAAGCUGAUAAAAACGAAAGAUCCCAUUAUUAGGGAAAAGGCGUACAAUGCCCUUAAUAACUUGAGUGUGAAUGCAGAGAAUCAGGGCAAGAUUAAGACAUAUAUCAGUCAAGUGUGUGACGACACUAUGAUCUGUCGUUUGGACUCAGCUGUGCAAAUGGCUGGACUAAGACUGUUAACCAACAUGACUGUGACUAAUCAUUACCAACAUUUGCUUUCCUAUUCUUUUCCAGACUUUUUUGCUUUGUUAUUCCUGGGAAAUUACUUCACCAAGAUUCAGAUUAUGAAACUAAUCAUAAACUUUACUGAAAAUCCAGCCAUGACAAGAGAGCUGGUCAGUUGUAAAGUACCAUCAGAAUUGAUUUCCCUUUUUAAUAAAGAAUGGGACAGAGAGAUUCUUCUUAAUAUCCUUACCCUAUUUGAGAAUAUAAAUGACAACAUAAAAAAUGAAGGGCUUGCCUCAUCCAGGAAAGAAUUCAGCAGAAGUUCACUUUUUUUCUUAUUCAAAGAAUCUGGAGUGUGCAUUAAGAAAAUCAAAGCAUUAGCAAAUCACAGUGAUCUGGUUGUGAAAGUAAAAGUCCUGAAAGUAUUGACCAAACUCUAAUUGGGGGUCUGUCCCAAACAACAUUGAGGUAAUUUUUUUUUUUUUUAGUUUGCCCUUGGGAACAAUGCUUUUUGUAAAUUCUUUGCUUUUCACUGUGAUUAUGUGGCCAGGAGAUCUUUUCAGCUGCUCUUUUGGAAUAAUCAAUAUCACAUAUCAUCAACAGCAGUGCUGGUUGUGAUGUUUGGUUUUAGGCUGGACCAUCUUAAGGAUAUCAAGUAAAUACUAGACUUGUACAAAGAAAGCAUUUAUUGAUUCCAUCUUGCUACCUAGAUUGAGGCAUUUUUACUCUUAAACUGACAGCAAACUAAUUAAGGAUAAGCUACACUUUUUUGUAAUGGUUUACACUUGUUAUUCUUAGACUGGUGUUUCAUCAAUAAAGUUGUGUGUUUUAACCAGCAAAAAUA